UGUGCUCCUCAGAGCCUAUGGGAGUCACACAGAACCAGAACCCUCUCUUCUCCAGGUUUCUGUCAGUUGAUUUCUAGGAACUUGCAUACCUUAAGAAGUCCCGUCAUCAUGUGGGGCACUGUCGCUAAACAUUUACUGAAGGCUAAAGUCCGCUGCCAUACAACACCUCUGCAGGUUCAAAAGAGCAGAAAUUUCCUUUCAAGAUCUCUGCUUCAGUUCACCCGUUGGCAGCACAGUGCAAGGUUCCUUGCUGAAGAACUGCCAGCUUCUCCUCUUGUCAUGAUCCGCAAUGUGGAGUCUCUGGAGAAGGAGCGUUUUGUUUGUGUGCACUGGGAAGAUGGAGGCCAAAGUGUCUACCCCUUUGUGUGGCUGAGAGAUAACUGCCAAUGCCCUCAGUGCUUCCUUCAUUCUGCUAAGGCUCGAAAACUUCCCAUUGAGGAUUUGGAUGUAAAUACAGGAGUGAAGGAUGUUACCUUGACAAACAGCAAGAAGGUCUCCAUUACGUGGCCGGAUGAGCACCAGAGUGAAUUUGAUGGCGAGUGGCUAAAGAAGAGAUGCUUCUCUAAACAUGCCAGAGCAGAAAUGCAGGAUGAACUAUUUGCAUCAGAACAUCAAUACUGGGGCUCUGACCUUCAGAUUCCUACAAUGUCUUACGAAGAUGUCCUGAACUGUGACCAAACUGCGUAUCAGUGGCUGUGUGCUCUUAGAAAAGUGGGUAUUGUUCUACUAGAGGGGGCUCCAGUCAAGCAAGGAGAGCUACUUUCUCUUGGCAAGAGGAUUGGUUACAUGAGGCUCACAUUUUAUGGGUACACUUGGCAAGUUCAAGAUAAAGCUGAUGCGAAUAAUGUUGCAUAUACAGCGGGGAAAUUAAGCCUUCACACAGAUUAUCCGGCUCUUCAGUACCCUCCUGGGGUUCAGUUCCUCCACUGCCUGAAACAAGCACAAUCGGGAGGUGAGAGUGAAGUGGUGGACGGGUUCCACGUCUGCCGCAAACUCCUAGAGCAGAACCCAGAAGCCUUUAACAUUCUCACGUCUGCUCAGAUCGAUUUCACGGACACUGGAGUCGAUUACUGUGAUUUUGCCCUGCAAUCCAAGCAGCGGAUUAUAGAGUUAGACCCGAAAGGGAAUCUCUUGCGGAUCAAUUUUAACAACGCCACCCGGGACUCUGUGUUAGACAUUCCAGCUGAUAGAGUGCAGCCCUUUUACUCCUCUCUCAGAGCCUUUGUGGAUCUCAUGAACAGACCCGAAAAUACAUUUUCUUACAAAAUGCAACCAGGGCACGUGGUGACUUUUGACAACUGGCGAAUCCUACAUGGUCGUCGCAGCUACCAAUCAGAGGCCACAGUCUCACGCCAUCUGGAAGGCUCUUAUUUGGACUGGGAUGUUGUUUUGUCCAGAAUGAGAAGUUUAAAGAAGAAGCUGGAGCUAGACAAUUAAACCUCUUAAUGAUACAGCCAAGUUAAAGGGAAAGUAGGCCUCACUUAUGAAAAUGGAGUAAUCAAAAGCCAUCAAGAAGUUCUAUAACUUGAUCAUUUUGCAAGGCUGUGGGCUGAGCAGUAUAUAGUACUGUCCAGGGGACUCCAAGAUGACUUAUAUGACAUUGUUUAAUAACCGAUGACAUCACAAAUCACUAAUUUUCCAGCUGUAAUUUAUAGGUUAUUUAUGCCUUAUUUAUAGUGUAAUCUGCCGAUGUUUCCUUAGAGCACCACUAUUUAAUGGCUCCAUUUUUAAUUUACUUAGGCACGUUGGGAGAGGGGGACCUGCGGGCCCCACAGCGCCCAGCAGGAAUGGUUUUUGGGGUUGGCGAGGUUCACAAGUGCCGAGGCCCACAGGGUUUUUUCCUGGUGUCCCACCGGCCCAGUCCAAUCAUGAAUGGCUCUAGGGCCCAGGCUGUUAUAGCUAAAGCUUCUACUGGAGGCAAUGGCAGUUAUAGUAUAGGGACUGAGAUUUGUGCAUACAAGGGACAGACCCAGCUGCCUUCUCAGAAGAUAAGCAAUGCGCUGCUAUAAGUGCCCCACAGGAAUAACCCAAACCGUAAUUACACCAGCUCUAUAAACAUGCUGUAAGCAUAAGGGCAUAUGGGGGGGGGGAUCUAUGCAGGAAAAUGAAUUAAAUUUCAUGCAAUCAGUUACAAAAAGACAAAUAUUGUAAUGCAAUAGUGUCCCUUAUAAUGAAUGGUAAUAGGCAAUAUAGUUCAGGGAAUGCAAUGGUGCAAAUGUUACUCCAGGUCUAGUAACCCAUAGCAACCAAUCAGCUGGUCUAAAAGCCAACAUGAUUAGUUGCUGUGGGUUGCCAGGCUGAGGGAAAUCUCUGCAAUGGAUUUAUAUAAUAUUAUACGAAAUAUAAUACUAAUCUGCUGGCUGUUAGCCCUGUAUGUGCCAAGCCAUCAGAAUAAAUGCCACACACUUUGUCUGGUUUUUGUUUUAUUGUAUAAAUCUCAGUUAUUUUUCAUGUCUCUUUCUUACAAUAAAAUAUAAAUUCAACACGAA